UGUAAUUAAACGCCUGUCCAAAUAAUAUGAACUAUCCAGAAUCAGAGCAUUAUCGAAAACUUUGGUUUAUUUCUCAAACAAUUUGUAAUUAACCAAAUUUGUUUCGUGCAUUUUAAUAUCAACAGAUAAACCCUAACCCUGAAAACCGUUUAUUCAUCGAUCUUUUCUCCCCAGUUUCUUCUCAUCAUCUGCGGAAAAAAUAUGUCUCACUUUGGAAGAUCAGGCCCUCCCGAUAUCACCGACACAUACUCUCUUCUAGUCCUCAAUAUCACCUUCCGAACGACCGCUGAUGAUUUGUUUCCGUUGUUCGACAAGUAUGGGAAAGUCGUUGACAUCUUCAUCCCCAAAGAUCGAAGGACUGGUGAUUCUCGAGGUUUUGCGUUUGUGCGCUAUAAGUAUGCAGACGAGGCACAAAAAGCUGUGGAUAGGCUCGAUGGGAGAGUCGUUGAUGGUCGGGAGAUAACAGUUCAGUUUGCAAAAUAUGGGCCUAAUGCAGAGAUGAUUAGCAAAGGAAGGAUUAUUGAAUCAGUUCCAAGGUCGAAGUUCAGGUCAAGAAGUCGCAGCCCUCGCAGAAGGCACCAGGAUGAUUAUUACAGAGACAGGGAUUAUAGGAGAAGUCAUCGUAGUAGGAGUUAUGACCGGUAUGAACGUGAUCGAUAUCGUGAGAGAAGCAGAUACUAUCGGCGUAGAAGCAGGAGCCGCAGUGCAAGUCCUGGCUAUUCUAAAGGUCGAGCAAGAAGGCGAUAUGAUGAUGAUCGGCAGAGUGGCAGUAGAUCAAUGAGUGCUUCUCCUGCUCGCCACAGCCCUAGUUCUCGGAAGAGUCUUUCCCCACACAAGGCAUCUCCCAGGGGUGAAAGUCCUGAACGUAGCUUUGAUGGGCGUUCUCCAAGUCCUCGAAGUGUUUCACCACGAGGCCGUCCUGCUGAUUCUCGUAGCCCAUCUCAGAAUUCUGAUGUGAUGAAUGAUAUUGCGGAUGGAUCACUGGAGAGGCUUCAAGUAGUUUCUUGUUGCUGGUCUUGAGGACAUUCAUAUAUCAUGUGUUUCCUAGUAUUGCAAUGUUCGGGGAAAGAGUGACCUGAACAAAUGGACAUGAUGUUGAUGUGUGGCUGUUGAUGUUGUUUAUGUCUGUAGAUGAAUGAUCGGGAUUGUGAUGCCGGUUAUAGCAGUAUGUUGAUUGCAGAGAUUGACUGUUAACUAGUUUUAACUGAUAUGGAAAUUGGUAGGACCUAUACUCUUGAUUUCUGGAAAGCCUUGCAUCAUUCAGGUUUCUUAUUUUUCCUUCUGAUUAUCCCCUUGAUUUUCUGUUUUCAAAAAAUGGCACCGAGAUCGAAAAUAAGUUCUGGACCCAUGGAAUGCUCUGCAUAUAAUGGACAUUUGGUCCAUGAGACUUAAUGCCUGAUUCUAAAAGAGUGUAAUGUAUUGAUCUGAACCUUGCAACUACGUUAACUGUGCCGAAUAACCUUCUCGUUUUCCUCUAUGAUUGUUUCAUUGGCAUAUUCCGAUGUUCAUGUUUAACUGCACCCUAUUGCUAAUAUUUUGAGUUGUAGCAAAAUUGUCCGUGACUGUAGCCGUGAAGGGGCGGUUCUGCUAAUCGUUGUAAGAUAGGUAUGGAUCGUGCUUUAGCCAUAGGCUACCGAUGAAAUAAUCUGUUGCAGGCUGUCGCCGCAAUUCGUGGAGUCACGUUGAUUAUGGGACCUAGCCAUUGGCUAGCUUUCCUGCCGGUCUGUUCGAAGUGGACUUUUGCAUUGUUUCCUUCGGGAUCACUGUCCGCU